UUGUGUUACGUUUACAUCGCACAAAUUAUUUGGCUGUACAAAAUUUUCCGUUGAACCUUUAUUUUAUUUUAUUCGGUUUAAAUAAAUUCUCAAUGUCCUGCAGGCCCGUUUCGUGUAAAAUGGAGUCAAAAAAAUCAAGAACGAAACCGCAUUCGGGGGUUUACAUAGUUAAGAGUCGUGAGCUCAGGGGAGGGAUAUUGUACACGGACUGCCAUUGUCUGAGGAGGAAUGGAUUGCAGUACGAUUGUCGGCGGACAUGCUGCCAGAAUUCCAGCUGCUGCGAGGUGCUACCGGCGCCGCUGUGUGUCCCCGCCAACGUGGCCUGCGCAAAGCACUGCCUGAACCCUCAUGCAGAAGCACUGACUGCUAUCUGCAGAAUGCGUACCUGUUAACUGCAAAAUAAUGUAAUGUCAAGAAAAAGUGCAAAACUCAAAAAUGUUCCACCAACACUCGAAUGAUAAUGAAUAGCUUGCUUCUAGCAGGAAUACUGGCAUGACUAUUUCAAAUUCGGAACCCGAAAAAAAUUAAACCUGAUCAAAUAUGUUUAAUUGACAGAAUACCAAAUUUCUUUGAAACCCUUUGGACGUAUUUGUAAAAAUUGUAAAAAAAUAUUAAAAUUCUAAAUUAUUUGUGAAAAAAUUAAUAUUAUUUAGACUGUCUUUUAAAAUUCCUAAAUUUUAGUUAAAUUGUAUUAUCUAAAAGCCCCUCCUUCGCACAUUUCAUCAAAUUAACGCAUUUAUUCAAAUACAAAAAUGUGUUCCCCGUGUGGUCCCAUGGUAUGCUACAAAUAUGAAGAUUGCGGUCCCGCAAAAGGCAAAGGCCAAGAAGGUCAAGCUUCGCGUGCGGAGGAAGGCGGCGCACAAAAAAAGGACGAAAAAGAAAACCAACUCAAAAGAACGAAAAGCCGUGAAUUGCGCGGAGGCAUAAUGUAUUACAGUUGUCAUUGUAUAAAGCGCAAUGGGCUGCAGCACGAUUGCCGUCGCACGGGCUGUGGCGGCGAACCUGCGUGCUUAGUGUUGCCUGAUCCUGUGUGUGCUCCUAGUCAGCUGGCUCGCGCCCGCGGGCUCGCAGACCCAGCGCCGUUCGCCGCCCACUACGCCGCGGUCGGCGGGGCCAGCUCGGAUGGACAAGCGGCAGGCGGUUCCCAGUCUGGCGGCAAAAGAUUUAUUGUUUGCGAACUCAAAGGAGUCGUCCCGCAAGACGCCGCCGGGAGCAGAUGUGAAAAAGGCUGUUGUUCCGGGGCAGGCGGCGGCGGCGCGUCGGCACCCGCGGGCGGGGCGCCGGCAGGACUUCCAGUCUUGGUCAUGAAGCUGUGCUGACGCUUCUCAUCUGUCAUCAGAGGAUAAGAAAAAGUGCAAAAUGAUAUUAUGAAGUGUUCUAAAAAAUAAAUGUUUUAGAGUA